CAUAUGCUCCGCGCGCUCCGACGAAUGAGCACCCAGGCCAAGACGGAGGCGGCGGCGGCGGUGAGCGAGGCGCGAAAACCGACCGGCCUCGUGAUGCAGAUCGUCGUCCGGCGCGACUUGAUGACAACGCACAACUGGCCCAUCGGACCGCUCAUGGCGCAGGCGGCUCACGCCGCUUCCGCUGUGCAGCACCUGCACGCUGAACAUCCGGACAUGAAGCGGUAUUUGGCUGGCGAUGACGGGCGAGGUUGGAUGGACAUGCGCAAGGCGUUGUUGGAGGUACCGGACGAAGAAGCGCUGCAGCGCCUCCACACCGCAUUAGAGAAGGCUGGGAUCCCGCACCACCUCUGGGUUGAAGAGCCUGAGCACUUCCCAACAGCUCUUGCGCUCGUCCCCAAUAAGCGGGGCAAAGCAGUCAAGCGCGCUCUCGACGAAGCAGGCGCCUCACUGUGGAAGUGAUGCGAUGAGUGGUAUGCAUAUGUACAGUCUACUUGGUGCGGCGCUUUCUUCCCCCGUUGUGGGGGUUGAUCAUGUGCUGCGCGCCGGCAUCGUCGAUCUUCGGGAAGAGCGGCGGCGCG